ACCCACUUUUGCACCACCACAAGAAGAAAAACACAAAAACCUGGAACAAAAAUGUCAGAGAAGGAGCAAGAACCCCGUCCCUUGGUUGCCAACGGUCAUAAGGAAGAGUUAGGCUCCGUCACAGCAGAAUCAAGAGAGCAAACCAAAAAGAAGCGCAUGAAAUGCGUAGCAUUUGCUAUGGCUUUUACGAUAUUCCAAAUUGGAGUAAUAUUUGUAUUUGUAUUUGUAGUUUUGCGUUUCAAAAACCCUAAAUUUAGGAUACGUUCGGGUUCAUUUCACAAUGAUACCUUUCAAAUUGGCAGAGAUAAAGCAAGUCCGUACUUCAACUUGACGUUGGAAACUCAAUUUGGAGUCAAAAACACCAACUUUGGUCAUUUUAAGUAUGAAAUGUGCAAUGUGACGUUUGCAUACAGAGGCACAGUUGUUGGUUUUGUCAGUAUUAACAGGGCACGAGCCAGAGCUAGAUCGACUAGAAAAUUUGACGCCAUGGUUGUUCUCAAGACGGAGAGUGAUCUGCCUAAUACUUCUGAACUAAGUGAUGAUAUUAGUUCAGGGAAAGUGCCACUCACUAGCUCCUCUGAGUUGAAUGGGAAAAUUCAGUUUAUGAAAUUGAUCAAGAAAAAGAAAUCUGCCCAAAUGAAUUGCACUAUGAAUCUUGAUAUUCACACAAGAACCCUACAGGACAUUUUAUGCAAGUGACACCUUUUUUCCGUUUUUUUCCUUUUUUUUUUUAAUUUUUUGCUUUUUUUCCCUCUCUUCGAGAUGAUGCUAUUGAGUUAAUUUCCUUUUAUCUUUCCUAUUUUAUGCAACAAGAAACAUUUAUAUGUUUUUCCCA